UCCAGUGGGUAGAACAGUGGGCACGUCAGGACCCUGCGAGUGAUGCAGGCUUACUAAGUCAACACAAUCAAGUGAAGUCUUAACUGUGCACCCUAGGAUGUGAUAGAUUUAAGUGUCGUAUGUUAACAAGAUUAAGGAUCCGAAUACUUAUUUAAGUGCCUCCUUGUGUAUAAGUGUAGGAUUAUAAAGCAGUAGGAUUGUCUUGGGGGGGAAAGCCUGACGAGGAAGUUUUGUGAGACAGCAGCAGCAACAACACAAACGUCAGGAUGGUGCUGAUCGUGGGCGAGCAGCUGGUGAAGGAAGUGCCCUCGAGUACGAGCGGCGUGUACAGCUCGUGGCCGCGGCUGAAGGAGACGGCCCACGCCCUGACCACCAUGCUCACGGAGGAGGUAGGGCCGAGGGGCCUCCUGUACCUGCGUCAGAGGGAGUACGCCGUCACGGUGCCCCACGACGAGAACCUCCUCAUCCUGGGCACCGACGACGCCACCACUUCCGUCAUGGCCGUCCUCAGACACACUGGAUCGGGCGCCGUGGGCCUCGCACACUUCGACAAGUGCAGCCACGACGAGUGCCUCAGCGGCGUUCACAUCUGUUCCCAUGACGACGGGGUGAUGCACCUGCUCACGCGCGUGCAGGAGCUUUCCAUGGGGUACACAGAGGGCCGCCUCGAGCUCUGCGUCGUCGGCGGAUUCCAAGACGCGAGGGCCAUCUGCGAGAAGGUCACGCUCUCGCUGCUCAAUGCAAUGCACAAGAGCCCUCCUCAGAUCCACCUGGUACUGCUGUGUACAGGAGAAAUGAACACAACACUUCGAGGCAACAUUUCAUGGCCACUUGUUAAAGGCAUUGGUGUGAGCACACAGACAGGAAAGAUCUUCCCCGCCACCUUCACAGACAAGGGGCCAUACCUCGUGCUGCGGUCUACAAGGGUCUUUACUGGUGCACAGCAAAUGGUUGAUAUAUAUGACUGCGCCCUGGGGUUAUUACGUAUUGGGCCAUUCAAUUAUGAGCCGCAUGCUGGUGUCGAGUUGCUGCUACAACAGACAGAUGAUGUUAUCCUUCAGUGUCUCUCAACAACACCAGAAGUAGAGGGUCCCACCUGGGUCAAGAUGGUCCGAGAAGUUCUAAAGCACAUUAAGGAGCAUCCAUUCCCGGCUGUAACAAUCUUCCCAGACAACCGGCCACACUACUUCCGUAGAGACAACGUGGGUGGUUGGUCUCCUGCUGAACUGCCAAAUAAUAAUGAUUCCACACCAGAUGCUAACGUGCAGGCAGCUGCGCAGGCCGUCGCAGGAGCAGGUGUAGCUGCUACAGGGGCCUGGACACAGGGUGGAGGAGUCACCACAACCUCAGCUCCGCCAACACCUGCAGCACUAUCCCCUGCCCCCUGGGGUGCCUCCGUACCACCAAGAUAUGGGUCCCUGCAUUUGGACUGCCGCCUGAAGACACACCUUGCCGUCCCACCAGUCGUCAAUCCUGGGCAGCAUUAUGACGACCCCCUCCUCAAUCCUAUGAAAGAUCGCAUCAUGCCCGCCUGGCAAGCAUCGCAGUUGUGACCACCCACUCAUACCACCCAUGACUACAUCCCUUUGUCUGAGGACAGGGUGGUAGGCUGAAUCCCUGGCUGUGCGACGUGGCUCUGCGGCGGGGCAGCGUCGCCAAUUUUCUGCAAGAGCCGCCAGAAUUCAUCGUGCCAAACUAUGGACCACCACCCAGGACCAUAUCGCACCUAUAUUACUAUGUCUCACACUGGUAUAUGAUGUUUUUUUCAUGAUACACUAAUGUAAAAUACAUUUAAAAAGUUAUUUGUCUUAAUGUAUUCAAAGUUUUUUCUAUCUUGAUUUCUUCCAUAUAUAUGAAUGUGGUAUUCCUGUAUCGUUCUUAUUACUCGUGUUAUAAGAACAUAAAUUUUUCAUUGAAUGUGUGCGUUUGUUCGAAUAGUGUAUUGUACUAAGCACCAUAACAGUUAGAUCAUCCUUUUCAUGAGGUUUGGCACCAUUACACUAGCGUGGGCGUAGUGCAGGUGCAACCCAGUGUAUGGUGGGCGUGUGGAGGGGCAGCAGGUGAAGGUCUUGCCGCAGUGGUGACUCUCGCUGUUGUCAGCACCGCUAUGUGUCUCUCUCCUCCCUGGUGCAAUAUUUAUCCCGGGUCUGGGAUUAAUGCUAAUUCUCCCUAUUUUUUAAAAAGAUAACUAGUGUCGCUCAUGUGUAAGGUGUAUCUGAUUUGUUUUUUUUAGUAUUUCUGAUCAUUAUCAUGAUUUUUGCAUAAUUACAUUGUUGUUGUCCUUUUUUUAU